GCCCGUGGGCUGCCGUUUGGGCGGCCGGGCGGGAGAGCCGAGAGCUGCGUGUGUGAAAUCAGGCAGCCCUCCGCGUCGCCACGUAGCACAGGGGCAGGGCACCGCGUGCAGCUCCGUGAGGCCCAGCAAAGCCGUUAUGAUUUAAGGAACCCUGUCCGAAGCCAAGGGAUGUCACAGAGCCCUCUAAUAUUUGUUGAGUGGUUUUGUCUCAGGACGACCUGUUGAGCGGAGGAGCGGUUGGUUCAGUGGGACCCGUUGGCAUCCAGAGAUGUCAACCCCACCUCUGGCCGGGGCGGGGAUGCCUCCCGGUGCAUUCUCAGGAACGCAGGCUCAGGCAGCUAGGGAGGUCAAUACAGCAUCUCUCUGCCGUAUCGGCCAGGAGACCGUGCAGGACAUUGUGUUUCGAACCAUGGAAAUCUUCCAGUUACUGAGGAACAUGCAGCUGCCAAAUGGUGUUACUUAUCAUACUGGAACAUAUCAAGACAGACUGGGAAAACUACAGGAGCAUCUCCGUCAGCUAUCAAUACUCUUCAGAAAACUGAGAUUAGUCUAUGAUAAAUGUAAUGAAAACUGUGCUGGACUUGAUCCUAUUCCCAUAGAACAACUUAUUCCAUAUGUUGAAGAAGAUGGCUCUAAGCAUGAUGAUCGUGGUGCUGCUAGUCAGCUUCGUUUUGCUAGUGAAGAGAGAAGGGAAAUCAUGGAAGUAAAUAAGAAACUGAAACUGAAGAAUCAGCAACUGAAGCAGAUCAUGGAUCAGUUACGGAAUCUCAUUUGGGACAUAAAUGCCAUGUUGGCAAUGCGGAACUGAACAAGGAAAAUCAAACUUCAUAACAGAAAAUAUACAAAUAUGUUUGAGUAUACUUCAUUUUAAGAGUAAAUAUUUUUUCCUACAACUGUAUGGAAGCAGUACCUGAAAUAUCUUCAAGUUUAAAAUGUUUUUUUGUGUGUGUGUGUGAUGACUUCAAUGAUGUUGGCUUUGUUUUCAUAAGAGUCAUCCUGCAGAUUGUACCUGAACAAUUUGCUUAGGUUGAUUAUAAUACAUUUUGUAACUUAGAGUAAUAAUUUGGAUUGUUAUGCAAGUUGGAUCUGUGUAAAAUAAGCAUUUCUGGAUUUUUUUUAAUAAUACAUUAAGAUACAUUUUAAAUAUAUAAUCUGCUUGCAUUCAGUCUGUAGUGCAACAACCUCUACAGAAUGGGAAAGUUGCAGUGCAGAACAGUAGCUUCAUUAAACUACAGAAUUGAAAUAAAUUAUCAGAUCUUGUGAUGCAAUAUGUUUUCCUAUUGUAGGAACAUGAAUUACAAGGUACUGCACCUCAUAAGUUCAUCUUAUCCUAUCAUUGUUAUGUUGGUAGCAUUAGAUAAAUCAGAGCAAAAUCAAAACCUACAUUAAAAUUACUCAUCUUCUCAUGGAUAUUAUUAAGUAAUUAAGUGUCUGUUAUAUAUCCUCGACCUUAGCUCCUUCUGUAACUGUUAUGUUAUCAUCUCUUGAAUACUGUUCCAACUGUUGUCUGUCCAGCAUUCUUGUAGCUUUCUGUAUGGUUGCAGUACUUUGGUUUUGUGCAAUUUUCAUUAAUCUUUCUCCUGUGAAUUCUGGUCCCAAAAAACUUUGGAGUGUGUGAGCAGUUUAUUAUUAUCUUGAGUUAUUCUGCUUUCAUCUUUUACUGUUCUACUCUGGUGCUCUUAUUGUCCAUAGAUGCUGCAAGCGCGCAGUGCAUCUCUUUACGGAUUAACAAAUAUCUCAAGUAAUAAUGUUUCAAUACAAAUCCUUAGGGCAAUUGGUUUUUAAUACAGGCUGAAAACUGACCAUUCUCAUGACUUGCUUCAUGCACAUAACUUUAAAUUCUCAUUCUAUGCCCAAUUAGAUUCCUUAACAGUUAUGUUUGGAAGGUUUGCACAGACCCUUUUGAAGAGCCCAGUUAAAUGAUAUUAUUUUAUGAGAUAUGUGGGUUUUGGUACUGAAUUCUUACAGACUACAGAUACAUGGUUCUAAAAAUUUUAGGCUGGUCUGUUAUUUUGGUUUUUAAUAGUUUCAACCAAUUUGCUUGCUCCUUGAGGUAAAAAUCACUGACAUGCGGUCAGUCUUAUCAGCUACUAACAGUAAGUCUGAUUACCUGGUUAAUAAUAUACAACCUUAUCCUGUCAUCAAGUACAAUUAGGUACAAACUUUUAUUUCUUCACUUGAAGGUUUUAGAUCCAAGAGAUGAAGGGGUGUCCAGUCUUGCCUGUAUCAUUGCAGGUAAGCACACUUAAAAAAUGUUUUGGUUGGUUGCCUAGUGUUACAAGUGAUAGUUGCCUGUGACAAAUGCUAGGUGUAAGUCUAUCUCAAAACACCUAGCAGGUAAGGUCUGUCAUGUCUUGCCCAUAUUACAAAUGGAAGAGUGGAUAGUUUGUACAGUGGCAGAGCUAGCAGCAGAACUGUUUGUUGCCCACUUAGCUUAGCAACUACAGUAAUUUCUUUUUGUCAGAAAUGAUGGCUGAUUUCUUCAGCUAUGAGAGAUACUGUUGUUUAUAAGUAAAACAAACAAACAAAAAAAACAGGUUAAAUUUUCAAAGAAAGCCUUUAAAAAGGAAGUAAGGGCUCCUAGUAGAGAUUUUUUUGUUGUUCUUUAAGAUGCAGGCGUGUUUUUGUAUAUGCAAAGUAUAGUGGCAGCUUUUUAGUGUAUGUAUAAGCAUACGCUCAGCCAAAGAAACAUUUCACAUGGAUUCUGAAAUGCAACCAAGAGUUUAAUGGUGAGGUAAAAUUCUUAGUAUUUUGUUCUGGCUUUGGAAUAACUGUCGAAAAUGGAGAUCAGUCUAUACUUCUCUCCACUGCCUAUAUAAUAUAUUUGUAUUCUCUUUAAAAGUUUUUAGAUUUUGCUGGCUUUUUUAUUGUGUAUCAGUAGUGCAAAAGCAACCUAAAAUGUGGAAAAGAGUGCACGUAUGGCAAGUAGAUGUCAGGCCAGUAUAACAUUCAGCUUAUACUGUGCUGCUGCUGGCAGCAGCCAAGGUUUAUACUACAAUUUUUCAUCUGGGAGAGAUGAGAAAACACUUUAAACCACUACCAGAAUAGAUAGCACAGUAGCUAAAUUGCAAAGCGUAGAAAUUGACAGAGUUGUAAAUUAUCACAGGGAAUACUGUCAAAACAGGAACUUUGCAAAGUGUAAGACCAAAAGCAUACACUUUGACUUACACAGAUGAAAGUAAAGGUAGUAUACAUAAUUCAUUUGCUACCGCAUCCGUGAAUAAGUAUAGGAUCUGGUCGGGAAGAUGACAGCUUUAGGAAAAGUGGAACUCUUAAAUUAUUGGUCGGGAGCAUGUGCUGAAAAGUAAUGUUUUAGUUAAUGCUAACUGAACUUUAACUGCUAGUUAAUGAAAUGACACCAAAUGUAGAAUUUAUAAAUACCAGCAAAACAAUAUCUAUAUAGAUGCUUUAAAAUUGUAUUUAUGUGUCAUUGACUGUUAGACUAUUUCUGCAUUCCAGAUUAGACAGAGACUGGAUAAGCAUGCAGACAGUCCUGGGAGCAGAACCAAAAUGUAGGAUGGUUCUGUUGCUGGAUUAUAAAAACGUUUAAGGGUUGUGGUGGGGUUUUUUAGGGCUCCAGUUUUGCCAGGAAUGGAAGAGGAGCAGUGGAGAUAGGAUGUUGAAUACUUUGUAGAGUGUUUAUGGGAGCACACCAAAUUAACACACUCUCAACAGGAAACCAUUAAUUCUGCAUCUUUGUAUGUAAUACAGCAGAUACUGAACAUCCUGGUCAGUAAGUGAGUUGAACCCAGCACGGCAUGCUAGCAGUAUGCAAGGGUCCAAGGUCUAUUCUAUCUAAAAAAGGCUGAAUGCAGAGCAGGUUGAUGUCAUGUUCAGGAAAGAUGCAAAGAGCUUACCUCCUUUAGAUUUCUGUAGAGGCAGCAAGGCCACAUCCAAAGUGCUUUAAUAAACCAUGACUGUUUUUGUUGUCCUGCAGAAAAACCUUUCCUUAUCAUAGUAUUUCUUACUUAAUGAGAAACUGGAGACUGUACACAAGCGCUAUUGAAAUUCAUCUCUGUAAAUAAUGGAUUUAGGUGGAGACCGUCAGUCUGAUUUCAUAAGAACCAAGAUUUCAUCAGUGUGCUAGUUGGCUGCAAGAGCCAAAAAAGGCUGCAGCCAAAGGAUGACUGAGAACUGGUGUGGAAAACAAAGUUUCAGAUGUAGAUUUGAGGAUUAGUAGUUAAGAAAAAAUGCCAAAAAAAAAAAAAAAAAA